AUGUGGAAAGCAGCAGUGGGCUCGAUCUGUCCGGUUUGCCGGUCAACGGUGGUGCUGGCAAGCCAAGUCCGUCCAGCACUGCCGCAAGUAUGGCUCAGCGUGCAGACUCGUGGUCUUUCUGUUCGUCCGAGGCGCAAGACGCCGUCUCGCAUGGUGCUGUCCGACACAGUCGCACAGCCACCACGACCGCCACAGGAACGGGGCAGCAGGCCACGACGCGGGUCCGACGGGCCCUUUGGCGGAAUGAACCGCACGGUGGCCAAUGUGCGGGCGCCUUUGCCGCAGACGGAAAGCAGCAGCAGCAAGGCCGACUCGUAUCGGACCAAAGACCGGGGUGGCGACAAGGGGAAGCGAUCGUUCAAGGCGCUGCGGAUGCAGCAGUCGCUGGCCACGAUCGGCUACGGGCAGCGGGCGCACAUCAAGACGCGGAUGCAGGAGGUGGAGGAGUUUGAGCAGUUCAACCUGCUGCCGUCUAUCCAGACGGCCGUGACGUCGGACGCGCUGAAGGGCAUGAUCGACGUGAAGCCGACGCCGAUCCAGCGGCUAGCGAUCCCAGCCCUGCUGGGCCAGACGACAGACCGACGGCAGUCGCGCCAGCUGGCUGCGGGCGAGCGGCGUGACUUUCUUCUAGCGGCCGAGACGGGCUCGGGCAAGACACUCGCCUACCUGCUGCCGGUGAUCGACGCGCUAAAGCGAGCAGAGGCUGCAGACGCCGACAUUGCGGCGUACCAGCAACGAGUAGCCGAGGAGAAGGCGUGGCGCGACGAUCCACAGCACCGCGGGGCGCCGUCCGAGCUGGAGCCACAUCCGACGACGGCGCGGCCACGCGUGGUGAUCCUGGUCCCGUCGGCCGAGCUGGUCAGCCAGGUCGGGGCCGUGGCCAAGGCGUUGUCGCAUGCGGUCAAGUUCCGGACGGAUCUGCUGUCGGCCAACGUGGCGCCCCGGAUCAUGGAACGCAACCUGUUCUCGCCAGCGGGCAUCGACGUGGUCGUGGCCACGCCGCUGCUGCUCGCGACCAUUGCUGAGUCGGAUCCGAACGUGCUCUCGCGCGUGACGCAUCUGGUCGUCGACGAGGCUGACUCGCUGCUGGACCGCAGCUUCUCGCCCGCCACCACGGCCAUCAUCGAUCGCGCCCGGCCGUCGCUGCGACAGCUGAUCCUCUGCUCGGCCACGAUUCCUCGUCGCCUCGACAGCCUGCUGGCCGCUCAGUUUCCCCAUAUGCAGCGCAUCACGACGCCCAACCUGCACGCGAUCCCGCGCCGCGUCCAGCUGGGCGUCAUCGACGUGUCUCGCGAGCCGUACCGGAACAACAAGAACCUGGCCUGUGCCGACGCCAUCUGGUCCAUCGGCAAGGAGGCCGAACGCCACGACGUCCACGGCCUCGCCGACAAGGACGAGACCGAUGUUCGCCGCAUCAUGGUCUUUGUCAACGAGCGCGACAAGACCCAGGAGGUCGCCGACUAUCUGCGGGCCAAGGGCAUCGAUGCCGUCGCCCUGCACCGAGACGCCGCCGAAAGCCGCCACUCCGACAUGCUGGCCGCCUUCACGUCGACUGAGCCACGCAAACCCCGUGCUGCCACGGUCGAAGAGCCUGCUCGCGUCGUUGCUGGUCGCUCGCUGCCCAACACCAAGGUCAUCGUCGCCACAGACCUCGCCUCGCGCGGCAUCGAUACCCUGGCCGUGCGCCACGUCGUCCUCUACGACGUCCCGCAUACCACCAUCGACUUUAUUCACCGCCUCGGGCGCGCUGGCCGUAUGGGCCGCCGUGGUCGUGGCAUCGUGCUCGUCGGCAAGGAGGAUCGCCGGGACAUCGUGGCUGAGGUGCGCGAGAGCAUGUACAUGGGCCAGGCACUUGUAUGA